GUCAAAAACUUGUAGAAAUGGCGCAGUGGAACAAUGAUACGGGUAUUUUGCGUAAAAACAAGCAAAAGGAAAACCACGAAGAACUUCUAGUGUUCGGUUUCGCUUGUAAAUUGUUCAGGGACGAUGAAAGGGCGCAACACAUUGACCAGGGGAAGCACCUUAUACCAUGGAUGGGGGAUGAAAAGUUGAAAAUUGAUAGGUUAGGAUUACAAAGCGUUAAAUCCUCUUCUGCAGGUCGAGCAUCUUUGCACAGAAAUGGUUUCCGAUGUCAAUUUGCCGGCUGCUCAGCUUCAGAGCAAUUCCAGAAGAUAAAAACAUCGUCCAAGAACCGAUCCACAUCCUUCUGGUGGGAAUCAAGGACAAGGGGGACUCGGACGACUCCACCAUGUCCAGACAGUUCGGCAAAUUCUGCCUGAAACACAGGAAGGAACUCCUGCAACGCGGCAUCAGGAGAAUCACCUUCUCCGCCUUGAAGCACAAGCAGACGCCCAAAUUCUUCACGUACAGGGCCAAGGACGACUUCACCGAGGACAAAAUCUACAGGCACUUGGAACCGGCCAGCGCGUUCCAGUUGGAGCUGAGCCGCAUGAUGAGGACCUACAACUUGGAAGCGCUCCCGACCGCCAACCAGAAGAUGCACUUGUACCUCGGAAAAGCCAAGGUAAC